AUGGAGCACCCGAUCGCGCACGACGUCGAGAAGCACCCCGGAGUGGGCAAUCUCCUCUACGAUGACACGGGAGCCGUGCCGGGAGAGAGCUUUGAAUAUGGCGAUUCUCUCUACGCCCGGCUCCAGCGGUUUGCUGGAAAGCUCAGAGUGGAACAGCGAGGCAUUGAGCGUGUGCCGGAUGACGAGAGAACGGAUACUUCAUAUACGAACAUUGGUAGCAUGUGGCUUGCUGCAAACAUGGUGGUGACGUCGUUCGCCAUUGGCGUACUCGGGAAGUCGCUCUUUUACCUGGGAUUCGUCGACGCGAUCCUCGUCGUGUUCUUCUUCAAUAUCCUGGGUGUCAUGACGGUCUGCUUCUUCUCCUGCUUCGGUCCCGCUUUUGGAUUGCGUCAAAUGGUGCUCUCCCGGUUUUGGUUUGGCUGGUGGGGAGUCAAACUCAUUGCCAUAUUCAACGUGCUGGCCUGUAUCGGCUGGUCGGCAGCAAACGUAAUCGUCGGUGCACAGCUGAUUAACGCGGUGAAUCCCAACGUUCCUGGUUUUGCUGGCGUCAUCAUCAUCGCGGUCUGCACGUUCGUUGUCACGUUUUUUGGCUACAAGGUGGUGCAUGCGUACGAAUACUGGAGUUGGAUUCCAACGUUCAUCGUCUUCCUAAUCGUGUUGGGUGUCUUCGCCCAUUCCGGGGACUUUGUGAACAUCCCCAUGGGUGUCGGUACCUCGGAGCUGGGAGGCGUGCUCUCGUUCGGAUCCACGGUUUAUGGCUUCGCGACUGGCUGGACCAGCUAUGCAGCAGAUUACACCGUCUAUCAGCCCGCUAACCGCAGUCGCCGCAAGGUGUUUUUGGCGACAUGGCUUGGUAUCAUCACUCCUCUCCUCUUCACGGAGAUGCUGGGCGUGGCUGUCAUGACCGCCACCAGCCUUAAUGACGGCAACAAUGCCUACCAGGACGGCUAUAACGCUUCUGGCACCGGUGGCUUGCUGGCUGCUGUCCUCUUCCCCAAGCUGGGUGGCUUUGGCAAGUUCUGCGUCGUCAUCCUCGCACUGUCAAUCAUUGCCAACAACUGCCCCAACAUUUACUCGGUGUCCCUUACCCUCUUAGUUCUGGGCCGUUGGACUCGUCUCAUACCGCGCUUCAUCUGGACUCUUGUAGCCACCGGGGUCUACGUCGCCAUUGCUAUCCCCGGCUAUUCGCACUUCGGCGGUGUUGGAGAAUUUCAUGAACUUCAUCGCUUACUGGCUGGCGAUCUAUGA